AUGCGUCUCAUCUCCUCUCUUGUGCCACUUGCGGCCAGCUACUGUUGUUGGCUCACCGGGGUUGAUGCCUUUACCAACCCGAUCAAGACGGGGAGUGAUCCCCAGAUGGUGUAUCACGAUGGAAUGUACUACCUGACCUCGACAACAUGGACCGACGUCCAAAUCACAGCCGCCUCCACCAUCGAGGGCCUCAAGACGGCCACCGCCAAAGUCAUCUGGUCGGACACGUCAAACCCCAACCGGGCUUGCAACUUUUGGGCCCCCGAGAUGCACAAGCUCGACGGCCGCUGGCACCUCUUCUUCUCGGCCAGCGUGUGCAACCCGGACUGGGGUGUGGUCCUGCCCACCCUCAGGGUUUACACCCUGGCCGGCGGCGCCGAGAAUCCGCUUUCUGCCGACUACGAGCUCCUGGGGCCAAUCACACCUCCUAAUUUCACCGAUGGCAUGCUCGAUGCGACAAUCUUUGACAUCAACAAUACGACUUAUUUUAUUUACUCGUCCGUCCACGGGCCGCAGAGCCCAGCCGGCGCGUCCCUCUGGAUCGCCGAGCUCCUCUCGCCGACGACAUGCAGCAACGCCACCAUGAUCGCGGCGCCCGAGUUCGACUGGGAAAAGUCCGACUCGGCGGUGCUGGAGGGCCCCUACGGGCUCGUGUCGCCGUCGGGCACCAGCUACAUCGUCUACUCGGCCGACUCGUGCAACACCCCCGCCUACAAGCUCGGCGCGCUCCGCUACGACCCAUCGAGCGGGGGCGGCGGCGACCCAAUGAGCCCCAGCUCGUGGGGCAAGCUGCCCGACCCCAUCUUCGCCACGGGCAACGGGCUCUACGGCCCCGCCCACAACGCCUUCUUCAAGAGCCCCGACGGCACCCAGGAUUGGCAGGUCUUCCACGCGAACCUGAACGAGAGGGACGGGUGCGGCACCACGCGCAAAACGUUUAUCCAGCCCAUCUCUUGGAGGGACGACGCCCCCGACCUGGGUGAGCCCUUGCCGGUCGGCACUGAGAUUGCGCCUCCCUCCUGA